CCCUUCAUCUCAUUGUCUUUGCCAGGUGCGCCCAGGCCAUCCUCGAGGUGGAUGCCAGCCAAGUUCACUCCAAGGACCCACGCUAUGAAGCCACUCCGCUGCACUGGGCAAAGAAGGCAGAGAUGACGCAGCUGCUGCUUGAGUACGGCUCCGAGGUGAAUUUGACCAGCCGGACGGCCGACAUGGCUCUGCACAUUGCAGUCAAGAAGGGACGCUUUGACUGCGCCAUGGUACUGCUGACACAUGGGGCCCACACCAAUGCCCGGGGCCAGGAUGGCAACACACCACUGCACCUGGCCAUGAAGCAUGACCACCUGGAUAUGAUCAAAGCGAUCGUCGUGUUUGGAGGAGAUGUUGAGAUCCCCAAUGAUUUCGGGGAGACACCAGGGUUGUUGGCAGCCAGGAGCAGCAAAGGUGCAAACCGGAAAGUGCUCUUAGACCUGCUGCAAACUGUAGGGACCGAACGCUGCCACCCACCCAACCCUGACUCCCCAAGCCUGGCACCAUCUGCCGCCUCCUUCCUGGAAGGCCAACCUUCCUCACGGAGCAGCUUCAACAGCUUAGGGUACAAGGACCUUCUGUAUGUUUCCACAACGCUCGGACAGUUGUUGAAGGCACCAGAUGUUGUGGACUCGCCCAGUGAGGGUAGAAGAAACCACGACCGUCUCCUGUGCCUGGAUGGAGGGGGCAUCCGGGGCCUGGUGCUCAUCCAGCUCCUCCUGGCUAUCGAAAAGGCUGCAGGCCGUCCCAUUCGUGAGAUUUUUGACUGGAUCGCGGGCACCAGUACUGGGGGGAUCUUGGCCUUGGCUAUUGUACAUGGGAAGUCCAUGGACUACAUGCGCUGCCUGUACUUCCGCAUGAAGGACAUGGUGUUCCGGGGGUCUCGGCCCUACGAGUCGGAGCCCCUGGAUGAGUUCUUGAAGAAGGAGUUUGGGGAAAACACCAAAAUGACAGAUGUCCAAAAGCCCAAGGUUAUGGUGACAGGGACAUUAUGUGACCGGCAGCCAGCUGAGCUCCACCUUUUCCGGAAUUAUCCCGUACCAGAGACAAAAACCUCCACUGAAUACAAGACAAGCGCAUCUUUCAAACCACUCACUCAGCCAGAAGACCAACUUGUAUGGCGCGCUGCCCGGUGCAGUGGUGCGGCUCCCACUUAUUUCCGGCCAAUAGGCCGCUUUCUGGAUGGUGGACUGCUAGCCAACAACCCGACCCUUGAUGCCAUGACGGAGAUCCAUGAGUACAACAAGACGCUGAUCAAAAAGGGUCAGAGGCAGAGAGUGAGAAAACUGGGGUUGGUGGUCUCCCUGGGGACAGGGAAGCCUCCGCAGGUCCCAGUGAGCUCUGUGGAUGUUUUCCGCCCCUCCAACCCUUGGGAGCUGGCAAAGACUGUCUUUGGAGCCAGGGAGCUUGGCAAGAUGGUGGUGGAUUGUUGCACUGACGCAGAUGGCCCAGCUGUGGAUCGUGCCAGAGCCUGGUGCGAGAUGACAGAUGUCCCAUAUUUCCGGCUCAGCCCUCAGCUGCACACGGAGGUGAUGUUGGAUGAGGUGAACGACACUGUGCUGGUUAACGCUCUGUGGGACACCCAGCUUUACAUCUACCAGCAGCGGGAGCAAUUUGAGCAGCUGGUGCAACAUCUCUCCCAAUGACUGACCUGGAGGUUCCCAUUCUGCGUGCCCAUGGCAAGGAGCAGCAGACACUGAAGUGGCUGGGAUUUGCCCUUGAACCAAGAUGUCGAGGUGGGGGAGGGACUAUUACUACUGCUGCUACUGAGAAAGUAAUGAUAUUUAAUAGACAACAGUGCACAUACACAUGUAUUC